CGGCGCAGGAGACGGCACCCUCGCCCACCUGCUCUUUGGCAUCGUCAGCAGAGACCCCUGGUGGUAAAUUCGACGCCGGUCGAUUCUCUUCCCGCUCAGUUGCUGUCCGCUUUCCGCCGGUUGGAGUGCAGUGUGCUCUUGAGUUAAGUCGUUUCUUGAAGAAUUUGCUUCUUUUGCGUUGAAUUUUUUACUGUGUUGUUGACUUACAAUGGCCGAUUAUAGAGCUACAAAGUCAGGAUUAGCUGCUGAAGCACACAGCAAGAUCCAGUCAAAAUACGAUCCUGCUUUGGCAAGCCAGGUACUCCUCUGGAUGAAAGAUGUCAUGGGACUUGAAGAUAUAGAUACCUCUGGAGAUAGGGAUGCCUUCUACAAGCUUCUUAAGGAUGGGCAAGUUCUGUGCAGGUUGAUUAAUGUACUGCAGCCAGGCUCCAUUCCUGAGAAGAAAAUUAAUAACAGCACAAUGGCAUUCAAAUGCAUGGAAAACAUAAAUCUUUUCUUAGAACAGGUGAAGAAACUCGGCGUGCCCGCAGAAGAAACAUUUCAAACUGUGGAUCUCUGGGAGGCACAGAAUCUCACCUCCGUCCUAAUCUGCUUACAGUCAGUUGCUAGAAAAGCAUCUAAAUUUGGCUUCAAGAGUAUUGGGCCAAAGGAGGCAGAGGCAAAUGUGCGUCAGUUCACUGAGGAGCAGCUGAAAGCAGGACAGAAUAUCAUAAGUUUGCAGUAUGGUUCCAACAAAGGAGCCAACCAGAGUGGAAUCAAUUUUGGAAACACACGUCACAUGUAAAAUCAAUGAACUUCCAGAUUGCUUCCCAAAUUUGCUUCCUAAAUUAUAACUUAUUUUAAUGUUAUUGUUAGUUUCUUGUGAGUUUCAAUAUCAGUUAUGAAUUUAAAACAAGUGGUUUUUAUAGCUAUUUAAAAGUUACAUCUGCCAAUUCAAAUUGUAAUUGCCGUGCUAUAAUCACAUGUAAUUUUAUCUGAUAUAUUAUUGAUAAAAAUUGGAAAUGUAAUUUAAUUAGUAUUUAAAACUUUGUCUAAAAAUGUUUUAUAUGAUUAUACAACUUACAAUCACAAUGGAAUUCUGAAUCUUCUUUGCCAGUUUUGUAAUGAGUAUUUUCUUUGAAUUUUACUGCGACAAUUUGUUGUGUUUUAGUUUUAAAGUAAAACAUUCCGAAACAAUUUUAUUUUUCAUGCGAGAAAUGAUGCGAUAUGCUUUACACAUAAGCUCCAUUUCAAUAAUAUAUUCUCAAUAUCCAGUUUGUAUUCAUUACUUGAUAUUUGUAUUAUAAUGUACUUUUAAUAAAAUGAAAUUAUGAACUUC